CUCUACAAAUAUGAGCAAUUUGAACUCUAGCUACUGGAUGACACGAGCGAGACGGUUCCUUCUGGAGUGGACGGCAUGGAGAGCACUGUAUGACUGAAAAAAAAAAAACAUCUCGGCUUUUAGUUCUGUAUAUAUGCCGCUCUCUGGAGUACUCACUAACCUGUGCAUAAGGACGUCAUCCUGAUUCUGAAAGCUUCCUCAUGGCAAAUCAUGUGGAUAUAUCAGCGGUGGGGAGGAUUCUGGUCAACCCCAGGCAGGACCUGACAACGCGCUUUAGAGCACUUUUUACUCUCCGCAACCUUGGUGGACCAGAGGCCAUUACAUGGAUCAGUGAAGCUUUUGUGGAUGAAUCUGCACUUCUGAAGCAUGAGCUGGCAUACUGCCUCGGCCAAAUGCAAGACGAGCGGGCCAUUCCUAUCCUAGAGACAGUCCUGAAAGACACUAAUCAAGAGCCAAUGGUCAGACAUGAAGCAGGAGAAGCACUGGGAGCCAUUGGAAAUCCCAAAGUCUUAGAUUUAUUAAAGAAAUAUGCAGAAGAUCCAGUAAUUGAGGUGGCAGAAACAUGUCAGCUGGCAGUCCGGAGGCUGGAGUGGCUCAUGAAUGGUGGGGAAAAGACAGCAGAGGGGACAGAUGAAAACCCCUACUGCUCUGUAGACCCCGCACCCCCUGCCCCAAGAAAAACUGUCCCGGAACUGAGGGCACAGCUCUUAGACGAAAGCCUGUCGCUGUUUGACCGCUAUAGAGCUAUGUUUGCACUGAGGAAUCUUGGUACUGAAGAGGCUGUUCUGGCUCUUGGAGAUGGUCUUCAGUGCAGCAGUGCCUUGUUCCGUCACGAGAUCGGCUACGUCUUGGGUCAAAUCCAGCACGAGGCCAGCAUCCCUCAGCUGCAGGCAGCUUUGGAGAAGACCAAUGAGAACGCCAUGGUCAGACACGAGUGCGCAGAAGCACUGGGCUCCAUCGGGAAGGAGGCGUGCUUACAGAUCCUAGAGCGCUACAGGAAGGACCAGGAGCGGGUGGUGAAGGAGAGCUGUGAGGUGGCCCUGGACAUGCUGGAGUAUGAGAACAGCUCGCAGUUCCAGUACGCAGACGGACUGCUUAGACUGCAAAGUGCUUAGUGAAACUCAUUUCCUAAAACAUGUUAAUGUUACACAGCUGAUCCAUAUUUCGAACUCAAUGCUUGAAUAUUUAAUAAAUACUGUUUUUGCAGAUACAGCAGAAAAAAACAUCCCUUGAAAAAAACAGGAAUACAUUUACAUAAUAAAAGCAUUUUAUGUCUUAUUCUGCCUUGUAUGCAUCACCUCUGGCGUCUGAAGCUUAGCAUUUUGCGUCAUGAAUAUGUGAUCUUCAGUAAAGUCUGUGACUAAUGUUAAAUCCUCCACGCAUGAGCAGAGGUGAUUAGCAGAGCUAAGAGCUCCAGUGCUUGACUGAGGUCUAUAACAGUACGUUCUGCCUGACUAAUCCACACAGCAGUCUAUCUCAGUCAAUAAGAUUUAUCUUUAAAGAAGCACACAUAAAAUUAAAAUCUAGAUGCUCUAAUUCUUAAGUGAUCAUCCCUAUCUAGCAUAUCUGGAAAUUAGCUAUAAACAACCUAUAAAACAAGAAAUAAGAAGCAUCGCUUGUAUAUUUGUAUUCAACAAUAAAUCAGCAACCUUAAAAAACUUAUUUGCCCUGUUGUGAGUUUAAUAUAUAAAAGUACACAUGCUCUGCUAAUUUACUGAUAAUCGUGUGGAUAGAGGGUGACAAAAGUGGAAUGUUGUGCUCACCAAAGUCUCUGAGGAUAUCUAAGCCCUCGUUUGAGUUUGGGGGGAGGAGAGAUGAGCACGUACUGAAGAAAAGGCUGGACCAAACCACAGAAAAAGGCUAAAAGCGACACAAAGCAGAGAAACUCUGUAGACGGGAACUAGGGAGAAACUUGCAAACAUGCUACACCCCUUCAUGAUUGGUAUUGUCACAAUUAAUACCUCCAUCACCAUUGCAUACUGGAUUUUCAUUUUGACAGAAGCCUUCCACAAGAAGACUGAUGAUGAACCCAAAAAAGACAACCCGGCAUAGCCAACACCUCCUUGAUAUAGUUAUGUGCAGAGAAGGUUAGAGUAGAGCUUCUUUUGUGUCUUAGAUUAUUAUUUAAUGUAGAUAACUUGAGGGGUAAAAAAGGACUCUGACUUGAGCAAGUAUUUAAUGAUUCCAGCUUUUCAGGAAGUGUUUUACUUUCAGACUACUGCUUCAUGCUACGCUUCAAAAGUUGAUGUCGGUUUUCUGCAAGAAGAUCAAAGAUGCACCAGAACCUGAGGAAAUUCCAGUCUGAGUGGAGGGCUUGGCCGUGAUCCUGACGAUGAAGAGGAAGAAGAAGAACCACCAAAACUGAUCUUUGGGAAGGAAGAAGGGACGAGGGAGAGAAAAUAAGAUCAAGGAACAGACUGCCAUUUGACCCAGAAGUGGAUGGAUAGAAAUUCUGCCAGGAUUUAAGUCUUCUGUAUAUGAAAAAUCAUGGGGUUAAAAAGGUGUCACUGAAAAGAUUUAUGAACAGCCCUCUCUCUCUCUCUUUCAUCCAUUAGUCCAUCUUCACAAGCCCAAAUCUCUUGCUCAACCACUAACGCCCCCCCCCC